AUGUCUGAUGAAACAUUUAAAAAUAAGAAAAAAAAUACCAAAGCUGCUCUAAUUUCACUAGGAACAAUAGAUAUUACAAAACUAAGAUCUGAUGAUGGUGAUUAUUCAGAUAUAGACAAGACAUAUGCACCAGUAAAAUUGAAUGAUUCAGACAAUGAAGAUAAUUUAUUUAAUGUUGAGGUUUGUUCAGAUAUUGAAUCUGGUUUCAAAACACCAGUGAAUCUACCAAAUAAACCAUCGCCUACAUUUGAAAUAGCAUCAAAUAAAAAACUAAAAUUAUACAACACCUAUAUUUCAACAAAAAAUACCUCAACAUCUUCUUACGUGCUAGCAGUAGAUGAUGAAGUGUCUAUUAACAAAAACCAUUUGAUCUCUUCUCAGCCUGAACUUGAUAGUGAUGAAGCUUUUAAAAAAAACAUAAGAAGAAUUUUGAUUACCCUGAAGUAUGAUGUACAAAAUAUACAUAUACGCAGGGAUGUUCUAGAAACUCUGAUUGAGAAAACUGAUGGUAAACUUUCAGGACAACCAGAUAUCAUUUAUUCAGACAAAGAAGAUAUUAAUAUUAUUAAUAAUGACGAAGAUUUACAAAAGGCAGAAGAUAAAUUAACAAAUGAUGCCUUAUACCGAUCUAAUGUGAUCAGAACUUUGUCUCGGUUUUCAUGCAAUACUUUGGCAGAGACUAUGAGAAAAAUAAUGCAAAUACUAUUCAGCGAUUCAUUUUUAAUGAAGUAUUCUUUUAUUGGUUUUAAAGGUAAAAUCCAAUUUUCUUCAUUACAAUGUUGCUCUGUUAUAUUUGGUAAGUUAAAAUAAAUAUUAAAAUUAAUAAAAAUGUA